AUGAACACAACACAGAAGUCAAAUUUAAAACGAAUUCGAGACAUUCUAUUGACAGAUGAACAUGAAAUUAAUAAUAAUUUUAGUGAUAAUCAAGGUUCUGAUUCGGAUAGUGAAUAUGAUUUUGUUGCGACUGAAUCAGACGAUACAUCUAAUAGUAAACAUAUAUCAGAAGAAUCUGAUUUAUCAAAUUCUGAUACUGAACAAGAUGAUGUUGUUACAGCUAAUCAACCAGAAACAUUACAAAAGGAUGAUGUCACAUGGACUAUGCAUCCAAACUUAGAACAAAGUUGUAUAGCUGCUGCUAAUAUAAUGAAAAAAAAGCCUGGUCCUACUAUUAAAAUUCAGACAAUUCUUGAUGCUUUUAAACUUUUCUCUACAAAUGAAAUUCUUGAUCAAAUUGUUCUUCAUACAAAUCUUUAUGCUAAACGAUAUUUCGAUCAAAAAAUAAGAUCACAACAAGAUUCUAAUAGCAUAAUAUUAGAUUCACAUUGUUGGAAACCAAUUGAUCGUAUAGAAUUAGAAUCUUUUAUUGGAUUAUUAAUUCAAUCUGUUGUAAAUCGAAGUAAUCAUGAAUUAUUUUAUGAUCUAUGUAAUAUUAGUCAAAGUCGUCCAUUAUAUCGUGUCACGGUGUCUCUUCAACUUUUCAAGCAUCUUCUUCAAUUUAUUCGGUUUGAUGAUCAAGAAACUCGUGAUAAAUCUGAUCAUCUUGGUCCCAUUAGAUAUAUUGCCGCAGUCAAUAGUAUGACAAUUUGGUUAUGUCAAAAUUCUGAAUGCAACAAAGGAAGAAUAAAUACUCAUCGUAUGUUUGUAUCACAAUUUAGUAUGGCUUUGACUGAUUCACAAAAUCAACGACGUAGUCAGCAAUCUCGUGUCAAGCCAAAAGUAAAACUUGUCUUGUUACCUCUUGGCUAUCAUCUUCGAUCAGAAAGUGUUGAAGAUCUUAAAGUGAACGUCCAUUUGAAUCCACCAAAAAGAAGCUGUUAUUUGUGUCCAUCAAAACCCGGAAGAAAAGUUCGGUAA